GCGGAUGCUGCGUGCUCAGUCGUCGCUCCGCCGCUCGCUGCUCGUCGUCGCUCGCCCCCGCCGCUUCAGUAGCAGCGCCGCCUCCCUCGCCGCCGACGCAGACUCCAAGCCCACGGACGAGAUGAACGUGACGCGCCACAACUUCGCCAAGUGCCUGGCCGACCUGCAGAAGGACCUGGCGCUGCCCACGUGCCGCUUCGUGGCCAUCGACACGGAGUUCACGGGCCUGUCGCCCAACGAGUUCGAGCGCGAGCAGUACCUGGACACGCUCGAGGAGCGCUACCGCAAGGUGAAGCGCGCGGGCGAGAGCUUCCUCGUCACGCAGUUCGGGCUCUCGACGGUGCACUUGGACCAGAAGGACCAGUUCCAGAUCAAGACCUGGAACUUCUACGUGUUCCCGCGGCCCUACGGCUCGCUGGACGAGCGCUUCCUGUGCCAGGCCUCGAGUCUGCAGUUCCUGUCGGAGCACGGCUUCGACUUCAACAAGUUCAUCGGCGACGGCAUCCCCUUCGUCAACUUGGCCAAGACGCCGGUCAUGAAGAAGCGCCUGCAGCGCCGCAUUGAUGGGCUUACGAAGGUGAACAAGAACCUGCAGCUCUCGGACGACGGCGUGGCCUUCCAGAAGGACGUGAACGAGCAGCUGGACCAGUGGAUCGCCGGAGGAGCCAAGAAGGGCGAGAAGCUGCUCGUGCCCACCCGGAACUCCUUCUACUCGAUGGUUGUGCACGAGACUGUGCGCUCCAAGGCGAGUUACCUGUACUCGGAGGCUGCCGAGGGCGGCGUGGAGGUGUCGUACGUGUCCAAGAAGAUCAAGGAGGAGCUCAUUGCGGCCAAGGUCAAGGACAUGAGACGCGAGAUGGACGAGGCCAUCGGCUUCUCCAAGGUCAUCGAGGCGCUGAGCGAGAGCAAGCUGCCUGUUGUCGGACACAACGCGCUGCUGGACUUUGUGUACGUGUUCCACCAGUUCUACAAGCCGCUGCCGGAGACGCUGGCGGAGUUCAAGACGCAGCUGCUGGGGCUGUUCCCCACCAUCUACGACACCAAGCACGUGACGCUGCGCUCGCCUCUCGGUGACAAGCUCAAGUCCACGGGUCUGUCGUCUCUGUUCGAGUACAUGCGCGAGAACGUCAAGCCUGAGCCCGAGAGCCUCAUCCCCAGCGACGAGCACUUUGACACGUACCGCCAAGCGCUUAAGGCUGAGGCUGACGGCAACGAGAGCCUGCUGUGCCAUGAGGCUGGUUUCGACGCCUUCAUGACGGCUGUGUGCUUCCUGGGUCUGCUGGCUCACGACGCCAAGGGAGAGCUGCCCGACCAGCAGGUGCCGAAGGAGGGCAGCUCUGCUCGUCUUAAGGUCCGUCUGGAGGAGCUGGACAGCUUGAAGAACCAGCUGAACCUCAUGAUCUCGGACGAGAGCUUCCUCGACUUGGGCAACGUCUCCCAGACCAUCGACCGCACCCGCGUGUACCGCGUGAGCAGCACGACCAAGCGACGGAUCCAGCACGUGCGCAUGGAGGACGUGUUCAAGUCGUCCAAGGUGCAGCGUAUCGUGCGUGAGAGCGACCAGGACGCGUUCGUGGUGCUCACGGAGCCCGCCGAGGAGGUGAACGACGAGACCAAGGCCGAGCUGGGCGUGAACAUCUCCACAUACGACGAACACAUGGCUGCCGAGGCCGAGAAGGCUCGUAAGGAGAAGGAGGAAGCCGACCGCAAGCUCUUCGAGAAGAUCUCGGCUGCUCGUGCUUCAACAUCAAGUGGCGAGACCGCGAGCGGUGACACCACUGCCGAGGGUCCGUCUGCCGUGUGGAAUCGCUGCACCAUUUCAUAGAGCAGCAGAAGUAGCUAGAGAGGAGGAAGUUUGUUAGUCUUGCCUGUAAGCUGCUGCGCUCGGGGGACUCCAGCGACACAGCUUAGCUAGCAGCAGCGUUGUAGCAAUAGAUCGAUCCCUUCUUGAGGUGGACGCUCUCCGUCACCGAUUC